UCUUCAGUGUAUCCCCACCACAGUGGCAUUGUCAUCAAUAGAGAAAUGGUCCACUGACUGGGUGAAUCUAUUUGGGUCGGAUGCCGGAACUUCAAGUUUGACAGAGAAGUACUUGAGCUGGUCCGGCGACAUUCUGCAGUUGCCUCCCCUCUUUACAAAACCAAGCAGGAGGUGAUGCAAGUGACUUGAUAGAACCAAUGGAUUUCCAAGAAGAAGAGCUUGCCAAAUCACAUUCCAGUAUAGCAGAUACAAAGUUUGACACAGUCAUCGGCCAUAUAGAGGACAUUAUCAUGGAGGAUGGUUUCCAAAGUCUGCAAAAUAAAUUCAUGGAGGAUAAUUAUCUUCAUUUUGAGGACACGGAGGAGAAUAAGUUCAUCUAUACAGCUGUAUUCAAAGAAUAUAAUAAUUUGAUAGAGAAAUACAUUGAGGAUCAACUGGCAGCAAGACUACCUGGAUUUGAUAUGGAGGAGUUCUCGAAACAACUGCAGAAGAGAAAGAACCUAGACGGAGAGAUCUUUGAGAUUCUUCUGACAUUCACAGACUUUGUGACCUUUAAAGAGAUGUUUUUAGAUUUCAGAGCAGACAAAGAAGGAAGAACAGUAGAUCUAAGUUCAGGAUUCAUUGUGACUCCAUUUGCAGUAGAGGAAUCGACAGAAACAAAGUCCACAAUGCCAGGUUCGACGACGACGCAAUCUACAAUGCAAACCCCAGGGACUUCGCAACAACCGUCAACGCCACAGAAAUAGCAGGAAGCAAUUAUCAAUUCUACCUUUAGCAGGUGCUGAGUUCAUAUUUUGUGACAUCUUGAUUUCUUCGACAGAAUUAUUGUGUCUAAGUUUACGACAAUUUCAAUAGAUUGAGGAGUCAAUUUAACUUGAUGAGUUCCAGUAGACAUUUCUCAUCAGUAGCGUCAACCAUUUUCAUAUUUCAGAGAUCAAUAGAAACCAAGAAUUCCAUUACAGAUGUGCCUUCAAUUUGUGAUGGCUAGAAAGCCAAUACACUCGGUACUGUGUCAUCAACCAUCAGUUUCUGUUUAACGUAUACUGUCCUAACAGACCAAUACAAAUGGCAUGCAUUGUGUCAUUCUCCAGACUGUACAAAUUCCAGGGAUGAGGAGAAAGUUCAGACCGUUAUCUGAACUUUUUAAAGUCUGCCGCCGGAUACACUAAAACUGCUGUAUUUUCUCCAAACAAAAUCAGUCAGUCUAUUUGAUCUACAACUCUAGCACUGAAAAUACUGUUUUCAAAAGCUCUUUGGAAUCUAUACCUCCAGGGUCUAUCAAAAGGUGGAAAUGCUGUCAUUUCAAUAAUACCUCCUAAGAUCUGGAACCCAGUUUCAAACUUUUUUGUCAGCAUCGACUCUAACCCCUGGUAUACCACUAUUGUCUCACCAACCACAAGUACCCCAUUUAUCUAGGCUCUUGUACAUGUUUUAUAGACAGUUGUAGAUAUUUGCAGUUUUGAGUUUUCUUGGUCAAAUUGCUAAUUGGGUUUGGCAUUUGAUCGACAUUUAAAGUCAAUGAUUAAUCAUUUUGUUUAUGCUGUAUCAUCAGAUAAGGCUGGAAGGCUUUGG